AAGUGGGGGACUAGCCUGCCGUGCUGGAUCUGUUGUGUGGAGUGCGGGGCCGAGCCUGAGUGCAUCUCGAGCAUCGGAAUUCCUCUCAAUCCGCCAUUGGAACGUAGUGACGUCUAGAAAUCGCUGGGUCGUCGUGAGCUCAUCAUUCUGUUUAUUGGAUCUUGAAGACAGACCUUAGUUUCCAACUCGAUUUAAUAUCAGAGACCGCUUGGCUUACUUUCGUUGGCCGACUUACACCAUACCCAACGCUGGUAUAUUUCACACUUUCUAACUUACGGAUAGUACAAGACCAAGAGAGCAAAAUGUCGACUCGUCCCACCGGCCACAAACCCAACGACCUGCGCCAGAUCAACCGUUUCAUAACGGACCACAAUGACAUAGGCGAGGCCGUCUUUUCCACGGCCCUCCCGGAGCUUCUGCCAGGCAAAAAACAGUACAAUGAUGCUGUGUUUAGUCUGGGCUACUGCACCAACGAGAGGCCGGUGACAUUGGCUGGGAAUAAGGAUCUAAAUUCAUAUGCCGCGUAUCUGAAGGACCCACAGGGAAUUGUUGUGCCCGGCGGAACAGUAGCCCGCUACGUCGACAUGGCCCCCGAUUCCAUCAGCCCCAUGCACCGAACCGUCAGCCUGGACUACGGCGUGGUGCUCGAGGGCGAGAUCGAGCUCGUGCUGGACUCGGGCGAGGUGCGCCGCUUGAUGCGUGGCGACUUGGCUGUGCAAAGAGGAACUAUGCAUGCGUGGCGGAAUCCGAGCAAGACGGAAUGGGCGAGGAUGUUGUAUUUCUUGCAGGAAAGCCAUACCGUCGAGGUGUCGGGUGGGAGGAAGUUGGGGGAGGAUUAUGGGGAUAUGGAGGGGGUCAAGGCUAGUGGCAAUUGA